CAUUCGUCGAUCUAACUUCAGUGAUAUCGUACCGAUUUCUUCACGAUCAGCUGAUUAUUGUUUUUCUUUUUUCCCCCAGAAAGAGAAAAAAAAAAAACCUCAUAAAAGUUAUGUCAGUAGAGAAAUUUUCAUUGCGAAUUCUAGAUAGUUAAUCUUACACAGAUACAUAGUGAAAAUAAUAGAGAAAGAAGAGGAAGUAAAGAAAAAAGGGAGAAAGAGUAUUAACGACGAUCAAAUGUGUCAAUGACAAAGAGUGCGUCUAUGCGUAUGAGUGUGCGUAUGUAUUCUAUUGCUAUCAUCACUGAAAGGGUCUUGAAGUUGAUCGAAGGUAGAAAAAGAGUAAAAAGAGAUUGACGUUUCGCGGGUGGGGUGACAUCACUGUUCCCUUGGCACUGUUGUCAGUCGCUCACAGAAUGACGCAGUAGACAGUUGCGCGAGGGUGGCAAGCGCCUCGCGGAAAGAAAAAUUACGGCUCUUGUCGCGAAAGAAAAUAAUUGCUCAUGAAAGAAAAAUGUCUGCUGAUUCACCAAGACGUAGUGUGCAUAAAGGAGCUCAAGUUGUAUCACCUCAGCCAAUAGUUGAUCGUUCAAUUAUUGAUAGUGUUGCUGGAAUUAUAAAUGAUAUAGUUCCACAGAUAUUAUCCUUUCAGGCAUAUACUACUACCCCCAGCACAGAUAACAAAGAAUCUAUAAGUUGGGCUAGAUUUGAAUAUGCAGAUAUAAAUGAUCCGGCGUUAUAUCCUGAUUUUAAUGAAGGUUCAAGUACACCACCAUUGUUGUUAGUACUUGGGUAUUCGACUGGUGUACAGGUAUGGUUAAUAGCAGCAACGGGAGAAGCAACAGAAGUGUUAUCAUGGCGACAAGGAAUAGUGCGUACCUUAAGAAUUUUACCAAAUCCGAAGACUGACUCUGAACAUGCUGAUCCAUAUGAACCGAAACGGCCAUUAGUAGCGAUAUGCGACUCGGCUGGACCGGGACCACAGUUUUGCAAUAUUAGUUUCAUUUCGCUAAAAACUGGCGAACAAACUAAAAACAUAAAGUUUAAAAAUCCUGUCUGUGACAUUCUGGCAAAUAGGAGAUCCAUAGUUGUAACAUUUUUAGAGAAAAUUGCUGUCUUUGAUGCAAGAACAUUUGAGGAUAUUUUAACAGUAACUACUUGUUAUCCUAGUCCUGGACCAAAUCCCAACCCUGUCGCAUUAGGAACCAGAUGGCUAGCUUACAGUGAAAAGAAAUUAUUGCCUGGUAGAAGAAGCAGUGGUGGCUGCGAGGGUGAAGGUGUACAAAGUUACACUGCAACCGUUUUAUAUGCAGCGAAGUCUUUAGGAAAAGGUCUACGUGGGUUAGGAGAAACAGUAGCAUCGAGUUUAACAGGAAACUCAGUGUCACCAUUAGCUGUUAAUAAUAUGGGCAAUGAUGUAACACAGCCAGGUGUAGUCAUGAUUUUAGACCUACAAGCUGCAAAGGAGGAAAAGGAUUUGGAUGAUACAUCUAUAGAGACAGUAAUUGCUCAUUUCACUGCCCAUAGUGAUGCGAUCGUUGCCAUGACUUUUGAUUUAACCGGUGCAUUAUUAAUGACGGCUGACAAACGUGGACAUGAUUUUCAUAUAUUUAGAGUUCAGCCUCAUCCUGGUGGUCCUACACUGGCAGCAGUUCAUCAUCUUUAUAUUUUGCAUCGCGGAGAUACCACAGCUAAAGUACAAGACAUGACAUUCUCAGCUGAUACUCGUUGGGCUGCUGUUUCAACCGUUCGGGGAACUACUCAUGUUUUCCCAGUUGCACCUUAUGGUGGAUCUGUAGGAGUGAGAACUCAUUUGACUCCACAUGUAGUAAAUAGACUUUCACGGUUUCACAGAAGUGCAGGCUUAACGGAUGAUGGUACCAGAUCUCAUUCUCCUGUUUCUCAUACUGAAUUACCUUUAUCAGUCUAUCCUUAUUCCAAUCCGAGACUUCCACCAUAUCCUCAUCCAACAAUUCUGCACCCUUUAGCACAAAUUAGACAGCCAUCUUCAUUGAAUCACGUCAACAGCCAAGCUCAACCACGACCACAGCAAAGACAGCGGCUUCAUUCUGACGAUAGUGGUACUUUACCUUUAAAGAUAUGUGCUUGCUUUGCUCCACCUAGAGCUUGGAUUUAUGCGCAAAGAGAUUCUGGUAGCAAGGUUGCAAAAAGAGCAGUAGAUUCUUUGUUUAUUAUGGCAUGUCAUGGAAAUAUGAUACAAUAUGAUCUAGAGCCUAAACCUGCUACUGGAGUACCAAAAGAAAAAGUGUGUGAUGAUACAAUGAUAGAACUAGAAGUUGAAGCUAAAGGUCAAUGGCCUCUUCUAAGGUCUCCAAAUUCUAUGGAAAUUGUACCACCUUUAGCAUUAUCAAGUUCUUUAUUUAGCGUCUCUACUGUACCCAAUAAUGUUCAGCCACUUGAUACAAGUGAAGAUGGUUGGUUAAGUCAGGUGGAAAUUGUAACGCAUGCUGGACCACAUAGACGACUAUGGAUGGGACCGCAAUUUGUUUUCAAAACGUAUAAUGCACCUAGUGGGGUUUCUGUAAACUUGGUAGAAGCGGAGGCAGUAGAGAUUGGAAUUACAGGUGGUUCACGCCCAGCAAGAUCAAAUCCUGUUAAUAUGCCACAUGCAGCUUCUAGACCUUUAGUUCCAGUUGUUAUCGAUGGAUCAGGAAGCAGUUAUGAACAGUCACCAAGAUUUAUGGAAGCUUAUGGAGAUUCAUUAGAUAAUGAACAUAUUGGAGUUGGCAGUGGUGAAAAUCAAUUAAGAGAAGAUUUGGCAGAAGCUAUGCUUGAAACAUCAAUUGCUCCACAUCGUGCACCUGGGAGGCGCUCGGUAUUUGAGAGGGUGGGUCAGCCAGUAACUAAAGUCGUCAACCCUCUUGGCACCGUGAUAACCGUGUCUGCUGACGAAGAGGACGUCAGCUCUAGUCAAGAGUUCGAUUCCGCGGAGGAGAGUCUAGUUCCUGAAGCACCGAGGAGCGUUUGUGCAGAAGAGGGGCCGGCCUCGCUCGGUGAUCUUGAGCCACCGUGUUAUCAAACGUUACGUGAUCUAACAGAGAUCUGUGCUGAGAUGCGUUCCGCAAGCGAGCCAGCUAUUGACAGCGUACCAGACGAGAAUAUUCGAGAUAUUAAAGAAAGAAAGGAGCUUUGCGUCGAAGUGGCAUCGAUGAAGUCAGCGGGGAAUUGUUCUAUCGACUUCGAGAGAGAGGACGCUUUUCGAGAUGUUCCAAGUGGCCUGAGUCUUUGCGCUGAACAAGGUGAGAUACCGAGCAGUCCCAUGACAGAAGCCAAAGAAAGUACUGCUCGAUCUAAAAGAAGUAAUAAAUAUGAACACGCUGAGACUCAAGAGAAAAGCAUAGCCAAAGCUAAAUACGUUGUUAAUUAUGACGAGGACAGCGUCGUACUAAUGGAGAACAGGCUGUCUUGUGAAAAAGCUAAUCCUCAAAUGCGAGUCAAGAAUCAACAAACCUUCUCUUCCUCCUCAUCCUCUUCCUUCUCCGUCUAUUCUUCUUCUUCUUCGCGGCAUCAGAGUAAAGAUGCUGAAAAAACAAUGAAGACCUCGAAACAACCUGUUAAAGAAUUGAGAACACGAAUCGACAAAUACAUUGUAAAGGAACAAGAUGAUAGUGUCGUUAUAGAAGAUCCUACUCGGUGUAAUACAGAUACAAAAAAUAAUUGUAUCGGUAAAAAACAUUGCGAUUUAUCGAAAGAAGAUGAAUGUAGAUCAAAUGAUGAAUGUGCUUCAAAAACCGAUCAUAAGUUGGAUCAAAAGGUAACUGAGAAUAUAAAGUGCAAAUCCAAAUCAAAGGACACAGAUACUAUCAAAGAAUCAGAAGGUUGCUGUGGCAGCACUGAUCGAUCUUUCGUAGAAUUAGAUAAACCUAAUGCUAAUGAUGACGGUAUUGCAAACGUCGAAUGCAAGGAAGAAAACGAGACAAUUCCAUCGGACGAUUUUAAUUCUAUGGAGUAUCAUUUGGUAGAUAACAAUUGUCCCAUCAAAGAUUCCACAGUGUCCGAUCAUUCGGACGAGGAUAUUGAACAUAUUCAACGUUCGGAAUUAAUGCGUGUCCGUGAAUCAUCCGAUCGUGAGAAUUCAGAAAAAUUCAUGGAUUUACCUAGUUAUUCCGAUUCCUCGCCAGUUACACAAAGGAAAAAUAGUAAAAGUACCAUAUCCGACGAUGAUCUGGAAUAUAUACAUACAUCGGAACUUGUAGAGAUACCUGAUAAUAAAUAUAAUUUAGGAACGACGUCCAUCAGUAAUGUGGAAAAAUCUGACGAGGAUUGCUCUAUAUCGUCUAAGGGACAGAGUAAACAUACAUUGUCCUCCGACGAUGAUCUCGAACAUAUUCAGCAUUCCGACGUUUGCGUAUCCCCCUUAGAAACAACAACAGCAGCAAUAACAACAACAACAACAACAACAACAACAAUAAUGUGUCCAACAAAGGCGGACGAGCAAAAUCCUAAUGUUAAAUCACAAGAAACCAUUCGUAGUUCCAAAUCGAAAGCUACUAAAAGGCGAAAAGAUAUUUUUGUGAUUGAAGAUAACACGACCGACAAAGUAGAAGUAAGGGUUAUGGUCGAUCCUACGGACAAAUGGAUUGCAUCGAGUAAACAUUUCGAUAAGAAGGCAACAGAAGAAACUCAGCAAAUUGCUAUUGGCGAGAAACGUUUUGGUUCUCUAGCUAAAGUCUCUUCAGAGACUAUUCGCGGGGAGCAUACAGCGAGUAAAUCGAAAGGUACGAAAAAACGAAAGGAUAUCGUCGUUAUAGAAGAAGAUUCGAAAGAGAUUGGUAGAGUGGAAAUUCAGAAGCAUUGUUGGUCAAUAUCAAAAAAAUGUCAAGAAAAGAAUAUCAAUGAUGAAACUCAGAACGUUGAUCUCUCAACUGUAGUAUCAACGUCCAAUCAGAAAAAAAGUACAAUUAGUUUUCCAAACGUGCAACAAGAAAGUAUUCAAUUGGAGCAAACGUGUAAAUCCAAAAUCAAUAAGAAACCGAAGGACAUCAUGUGGAUGGAUAUACAUGGUAAACAAGUUUGUAAGAUGAAAGGAAAUAAAAAGAAGAAGGAUGCCGAGGUGAUCAAUGAAACAUGGAUAACAGAGUCAAAUCUUUUAGAAAAAGAUCCGACCGAAGAUCUGGAGAAAAAAUGUGAAUCGUGUGAUCAAGAGACUACAAGAAACAAAUCCAAAAUUCUCUCUGAGGAACUCGAUAAGUGUUCAGAUCAAGAAACUACAAGUUUUUUAGAAGAUCCGACUAGAAGAGGCAAUGAUUUUGAGAUUAUGAAGAUGAAUUAUAUGCAUAAAGUCAAAAUGACUUGGAAUCAGAUGUCGUCCCGUCAUAAAACAGUUAACACGAUCGCGAAAAAGCCAAGGGAUGGUUUAAGAACAACCGACGCAACCGCUUUCGAUGCGAAACCAUUGUAUUAUUGUUCGCGAAAGAUAACAGCUGAAAAAUUGCAAGAAGCAGCUGAGGAAUUGAAUACGAAUGCGGAGAUGGAAAAAAAGAUCGAGGAGUUACUCACUAAUAAUCCGAGGGUCUCAAUAUUUAAGAAAAAGAAUCUACCUAUGAUCGAAAGUGAAACUACUCGUAAAGAAUCAUCUGAUCUCGAGCCAUUGGUAGAGGUCGAGGAGAAAUUGGAUGAGAAAUUGAAAUUACAAAGUACGUCUAAAGUCGACGAAAAUUUAGACGACGAUACGAUUAAAAUAAUUAACGAAGACGAUAAAAUAUCCGAAGAAGUUAAUAAAAUCACGGAGGACGAGGAUAUAAUAAUGGUGGUGGACGAAGAGAAGAUUAAUUAUGAAGAAGAUGAAGAAGAAGAAGAAGAUAUUAAUCCUCCGAUGGAAUCUACCUCAUCCAAAGAGAAUUCACCUGAAUCUGAUUAUCAGCAAGAGAAGAGGAGAAGCGAUUCCGAUCAAGAUAUCAUACCUGAACGACGUUCGAGCUCGCCCGACGAUUUAAAUGCUAAUGGUAACGCAGCGUCCGUCGAUGUUGAAGGGGAGUUUACUGAUAGAAAAAAAUAUGUCGAGAAAACAAGCGUAGGUUGUAUAACGUCAACCUUAAGUGCCACAAAGAAAGGCACUAGAUCAAAAAAGAAAAAGCGUAGAUGAGUGGAGGAUUGCUGCGUGGAUGUACCCAAGGCUAGCCUUGCUCUUUAUAUAUUGUUAAUGCAAGUGACCGGAGUAGAUUAGCAUCGAUUUAACAAAAUGCGUUAGAUUUUUAUCAUUCUCUGCAUUGUAUCAUAGUUCAUUGGGGGAUGGGGGUGAGAUUGGGUGGGUGGUGUAAGGGAGGAAAGAACGUAUGAUUUUUCGAAUGAAACAAAAAAGAAUCAAUCGAUUGGCAUCAUCGUUAAAAUAUGAUUUUCUUUUUCAAGAUCAU